AUGCUAGGCAAAUCAUCGCUUACGGUGGCAACGUUGUUCACCCAGGCUUUGCCUGCAAUCGGCGCAAUCCUUGAACAAGCAACAGUCAAGAUUACAACCUCGGAGACAAUUCGACGUGGUGAAUUGGCUAAUGUUCAUCUCAAUUGGUUUCACCAGCCGCCGAGUUUGAUCAAGUCCAUCUACGCUCCUUGCGAUAGCGAGGCUUCGGCGACAAAUGAGCAACUUAUCGGACAAAUCUCAAUCCAGAAUCAUCCCCCACAGCGACUGGCUUGGGUGGUCCCCGAUGAUGCUCAAACGCACCAUUGUAUUCACAUCUAUGGGUUGACCGAGUUAGGCGACACAAAGAGCCUUUUGGGCAAAAGCAGCCCUGUUUCUGUGCAAAAGAAGCCCCGGAAGAGAUCCGCAGCCGAUACCGACCUGCCAUUGCUGAAAGAUUUUGAUGCACAAGGCGCAUGGUUUGACGGAGUGGCUAAAAUCAAAAGCAAAGUUGAAAAGGACGGUGGGGUCGCUUCAAAGAGCUCGUCCAAGAAUACCUCGAUUGCAAUCGUUGGUGGUGGGAUCUCUGGGCUUGCAACAGGUCUGAUGCUGGACAGCGUUGGUGUACACAACUGGGAAAUCAUUGAAGCCAGCGACCGCGUCGGGGGUAGAUUUCGGACAAAGUAUGUCGCUGAUACUCAAGAAUGGGCUGAAAUGGGCCCAAUGAGACUUCCGUACUCUGUCACAUACAAGGACGACAACGACACACUUCUGUACUCCGAUCAUCAAUUGACCUUCGAAAUGGCCAAGGCCCUGAACAACAUGAACAACAACGACUCGCAAUGGAGGAUCGACUUUAUCCCCUGGAUUCAACACAGUCCCAAUGAGCUAUAUGAUCAAGGGACUCGCCGCCACCCUGAUGGGAGAAUCCCAACGCGGGCUGAGGUUGACGAGGAUCCGAGCCUGGAGGACCCGCCAGCCAUGACAAGUGCCGAAUACAGCAACACUGAGAACCGAAUGGACAAGAUCCUCCAAGACAAAGAGACUCUCAAGUCUCUUCAAAGGGAUGUCUGGAGAGCCCACAAAACCGCCAUGGACCAAGGGCUCGAUGACUGGAGUGAACAGGCAAUGAUGCGACAUGUCUUCAAGGCCAGCCAAAAUAUCACCGAUGAGAUCUGGACCUCGUCGGACUAUGACGUGUUUUGGGAUGAGCUACAUCACAAUUCUAAUCUCGGUCUGGAUGGAAGCAAGGACAGUUUGGGCGAGACAGAAUGGCUCUGCAUCGAUGGAGGAUUCAACCGCCUCUCCGAUGCUUUCCUUCCUCAUGUCCGCGACAGGCUAACUCUUGGUCGGAAGAUCAGAAAACUCGAGUCCCUCCAGGACAAAGAUGGCAACACCCGCACUCGACUGUCAUGGUAUCCUAGCGUCUCCAACCGCACAUUCGAGUCGAAAGAGUAUGACUACACAAUCAUGGCAGCGCCAUUCACCAUGACCCGCUUCAUGGAUCUUCCCAAAUUCUCUUCCGUCCUGGACCGCGCGAUCAGCGAAGCAGGUCUCCGAUUCAAGUCCGCAUGCAAAGUAGCGCUACUGUUCUCCGAACGGUUCUGGGAAAAGGGCGAUCGACCAAUUUUCGGCGGCUACUCGAAACCAUCCAGCGACUCGGUAGGCGCCCUUUAUUACCCAGUCUACGGACUCAACGAAUCUCGUCCGGGCCUGAUCAUGCACUACCGAGGCGGUGAUUGGAGCGACCGGUUCGUGAGUUUCUCCGACGAAGAACACGUCCAGACGGUACUGGAUGCGAUUGUCAGCCUACAUGGAGAACAAGCGCGGCAUCUCUACACUGGCGACUAUGAGCGUCUCUGCUGGCUGCAAGAUGAACACACUGCGACUUCUUGGUGUCGGCCUGAUGUUACGCAGCAUGAGUUGUAUAUUCCAGCUUAUCACCAAACGGAACACAACACCAUUUUCAUCGGAGAGCACACUGCCCCAACGCAAGCCUGGGUCAGCUCUUCGCUGCAUUCUUCUGUUCGUGGGUCAAUCCAGCUGCUUCUGGAGUUGGGCUUGGUGGAUGAGGCGAAGGACCUUAACCAGCGGUGGAUGGGGAGAUGGAUCAAGCUGUGA